AUGACUGCAGCAGAGAGCUGCAGAAACCCCGGAUCAUAAACCAGAGCGCGCGUGUCAGGGCACUGAACAAACCAUGAGACUUGUGUAAAUCAUGAUUACUGACAAAAAGACAUCCAUGUCGUCUGUGCGGGCGACAACACGUCCGAUCGUCUGGGAGGAUGUGAGCGCGCGGCAUGGUGGUGCGCCGCUGCCGGCUGACGAUGAGUGGGCGGUGCACAAGCAGACCAUCAGGCGUCUGUAUCUGGACGAGAACAUGACCUUGAAGCAGGUAGUGGACACCAUGAAGAAGGACUAUGGCUUCAGCGCGACGAUCAAGACUUACAAGAGCCGCAUGAGGGCCUGGGGCUACCGCAAAAACAUCACUUUGGAAGAUGGUCAGGCCGAGCACAUCUCUCGGGUCCUCCAGAAACAGCCAUGGAGCUCGAACGGCAUCGUCCGCCUGGAGCACGGCGGCGUCGUCUCUCUGGACAGGCUGGCCAUGCAUCUCCGGCGAAGAAGACACCACGCAGAAACUGGCCGAGGACGCCUGGUCUCGCCGACAACACAGUCGAUCAUGUCCGCCAACAUCAAAGCACCUGAUGUGUACUACAUCCCAGAGGCAGUGGUAAAAUGCGUCAGUGACUAUCACCAAGGCCGUUGGGGGCCCCAGAUCUCGACCGUGGAGCAGCUCAACAUCACCAGGGAUGAACACAGCAAAUACACCCAGCUGAAUCUGUUGGGCCAUGGUAUCCAGAGGGCUUUGCAGCAGAAGAAGCUGUCGUACGCGCUCGUUCUGAUGCGCCAGGCACCCGAGGUCAUCAGGAUGCUGAUCCAGGUCCAGCCUAUCCCCUUCAUCGCCAAUUUCUUCAUGUUCCUGUCUUGGAUCAUCAACGGAUUCCUCCAGCUUCCCGAUGCCGAGCAAUUCACGAAAGUCAUCAAAAGCCUAAUACAAUAUGUAGCGACCUCGGCUGUGCAGGGAGCCGACUUGCCUCAGGGUCAUCCCCUCCGCCAGAUGUUGACAAUGCUCAUGAAAGCCGAGCCUCGUGACCUCACAGCGAUAGCACAGCAAGCCUUGCGAAUAAACUGCGAGUCACUCGACGCUUUAAUCCCAGGUUCUCGGAAAAGCCAUUACAAUUUCGCCACGUGGAUAGUCUACGGGAGGGAGGUUGGGUUCUUGAAUCUGCCUCCAAGCCUUGGAAAGAACAUGGAACAAACCCUAAAAGAAUACAAGGAGACGUAUGGUGUGCGUCAUGCAUGGACAGAACACAUGACCCAACUAUACGCUUGGUACCUCCACUACACAGACAGCGCGAAAGGACGCAACCCUUACAAAAACGACAAAAUCAUGAUCCUGUUCGAGGACCUACUCCAAGGCCAACCAAAGCUGCGAGCAGAUGUCCUCGAGUGGCUAGCAGCGGCUGCCGAAGCCCGCGACCAGCGCGAGACGGCCGAGCGAUACAUGCGCGAGCUCAUCGAGAUCGAAAUAGACCACCCCCUGCGACGCGCCGUCCUUGUUACCGACAUCCUGAAGCUCGAAGGCUGGCUGACCAAGUGGGGCGAGGACGAAAAGGCUGCCGAACUGGCUCGUUGGCGGACGGAGAAGUUCAACGUCUGA